AUUCGUGGAAAUUCUCGUGCGAGCGGUGGACACGGUCGCGAGUCGGUACGAAUCGAAAGGCAUCCCAAAGAGGCAGAGGCAGAAGCAGAGACAGACAGAGACGGAACAGAGAGAGGGAGAAUAAAAGUUACUCUGGUGAGCAGGACGAAAGCGCACGAAGAGGAACCGAACGCGCUCGAAGUAUCACGCCGGUCUUUCGAUUCGAUCGCGAAGCGAGAAGAUUCCUCCGUCUUUUCUCCUGCUCGAAGUUGACAAGAAAGAAUCGUCGAUCCUCUUCAUUAUUUUUCAUUGUUUUCGCGUUCGCAUAUCUUUUCUAGUCGUAGAGCCCUCUCGUAGAAUCAGUCUCGUUCGUCCUUAAACACUUUUCAAAUUCGCAACCCAGACGCGAUAUUUUCUUGGGAAAUUGCGAGAGCAGGCGAAGGUGGCGCGUUCGAUCUAGCAAAAGAACAGUGUAAAUCGACAAAACGAGCGGGAGCAAGUUGUACUCGGAUCUCAACUACGCGGAUCUUAAUUUCCGAUACAUCCGAUACCGUCCCUGUCGUCCGCGAUGGGUUCCAAGAACGAGUGGGACUAUUCGAUCCGAAACGGCCCCAGCACGUGGGUGGAGAAAUUCCCAAUGGCGGCGGGUUCGAGGCAAAGUCCGGUGAAUAUCGAAACCGACCGAGUAGAAUCCGACCACGAGGCUCUAAGUAGCAAACCUCUUCGUUGGAAAUAUCCUGCCACUGCCUCCCGGAAGUUGGUCAAUCCAGGAUAUUGUUGGAGAAUCGAUACCGAUGGCGAUGGGACUCUUUUGAGCGGUGGACCUCUCAUGGACGAUAUUUAUAAGCUCGAACAAUAUCAUUGCCAUUGGGGAUGUAGCGACUCGAGAGGUUCCGAGCAUACCGUUGAUGGUCAAGCUUUUGCUGGCGAGCUUCACUUGGUUCAUUGGAACACAAGCAAAUACAAGACAUUCGCGGAAGCUGCGAAAGCGUCGGAUGGUCUCGCGGUGUUGGGUGUUUUUCUCAAGGUUGGUAAAACCCACGAGGAAAUGGAUAAGAUCGCUCGUUUAUUGCCAUACGUGUCGCACAAGGACGAAGUUGUAGAAAUAGCGGAACUCAUUGACCCCAGCAAGUUACUUCCCGUGCGCGGUGGACGAGCCAGCACGCAGAGAUGCGCUAAUCCGUGCAUGCGUUGGGCCGACCGAAUCAUACGUCACGAGAACAAAUUGGAUUUUCAAGACGAUAACGGUUAUUGGACAUACUUGGGAUCGUUGACGACUCCACCAUUCAACGAGAGCGUCACUUGGAUUCUCUUCAAGAAAUACAUCGAGGUGUCUCAUCACCAACUCAACAUCUUUCGUAAUUUGCGAAAAUUCCCACGGGGAGAGGAAUGCCCUUGUCACGAGAAUCACGGGGCUGUGAUCAACAAUUUCCGUCCACCGCUGCCGCUAGGAAAUCGUGUGCUAAGAGAAUGCGGCAGCUUUUAAGCUUCUCUCUCUCUCUCUCUCUCUCUCUCUCUCUCUCCCCCUCCCUCUCUUCCUCUGUCCUCUAUUGCAAGAAGAUAGAAGAUUCGUCAAGUUUUGGAGCCGGAUUAGUCACUACUAACGAUCAUAAUGGAUGUUUGGGCUUCAAAUCGUUAACGGAGCUCUCCUUCGUAAUCUACGUAACUACGUGCCUUGUGCUACUCGAAAUUGGUUUUCUUUGAUCUCUACACGAGGCAAAAGUGUGUCGUUAAAAAUGAAAAACUGCGGAGAUAAGAAAAAUGACAAACAAAAAAAUAUUAUGUACGAGUGAUUUAUCGACGGUUUAUUUAGUAGAAGUUUUAAUGGAUUCUUUACAACUGUUAAAUAUUACAUACUUAAAAUAUCGUGACAUUUUUAGAUAUAACGAAAUAUAUAGAUAAAAAACUCGAAAAUGCUUUAGUUGCACUUUUGAGAAUAUAUGUGAACGGCACAGUGCUUCUUUAUAGUCAGUACUGAAGAAGUAAUACUUAUUGUUAGUCAUUGAGAAUAAUCGUGAUAAACUACUCUGUUCCAAGUGCAAUUAAUUAAAAUGAUUGCGUAUGGACGAUCAUUGUUGCAUAUUUGAUAAUAUUUGUGUUUGUGAGAUAGAAAGGAUACAUAGUUUAUAUAGCUCUGUGUAAAGUCUCAUAGGAUCGAUUUUAUCCUUUUUUUUUUUUUUUUCUAUCAUCAAUAGUGUUUAUGACGAUUUAAACUCGGUGAAACGUAAAAUGAUUUAAAUUUAACCAAAUUCAUUCUAUACUUUUUGUCAUACUAUUGUUAAUGUUCUCCGUUCAUUUUAUAACUUGUUUUAUUCUAUUUUUAUAGAAUAUCAUACAUAGUGUGAAAAAUAUCAACGCGAGAAUAGACAUCGAAAGAAAUCAUUGUUUCGAUCCUUCUAGUUAAAAAAUUUAAAAAAGAAACAGAAAGUGAAAAAAAUAUUCAGAAAUAUAAUCAAAUUCAAAUGUUUACAUAAAAUGUUAUUCAUCGUUGUUAAAUGUAAAUGAAUAGCGAUAUUUGAUAGAAAAAUAGUUAUAAUAUAUUUAUAAAGCAAAUGAACAUACUGUGUCGAUGUUUGUGAAGAUCGGAAGAUAACUUCUUAUGAGAAAACGAAGGAAAAUUUAAUGACGAAAAGAAAAAAUGAAAAAAAAAGAAAAAGAAAAAAAAAGAAAAAAAAAUGUUUAUUUUCUAGCCUCGACAACAAAUAAUGUUGAGCGUAUAUAAUGUGCCAUCUUUUAUUGGUAAUUACAUGCACGGUCUUACGAUCCACUUCAGAUGUUAAUAUUAUUAAUCUGUAAAAAUGUUAUUUUUCCAUAUAUUUCGUUUUAAUCUAUUUAACGAUACCAAUCGAUAUGAAUUCUUCGUAGAUCGAUUUGUAAAGUUUCGAUAUUGCUUUCUUCGACAAAAAUGGAAAAAAGCGAUUUUCUUUAACGACUAAUGAUUAGAGUGCAAUGUAGAUGUAGAUAUAUAUAUAUAUAUAUAUUUUUUUUUUUUUAUCAAGUACGCAACGUUUGAGCGGCGAUAUAAUAACGCAUCCUACAAAUUUGUGUUUUGAAUUUUCACAAAGAAGAAGAUUUGAAAUGCAAAUGGAUUCCUUUUAUCCGUCUUCUUAUACGUGUUAACAUUUAGUCCGUGCUUUGUUCGUUUGUUGCAUAUUGCAAUAAUUUCCAAAAUACGUCUAUAUCAUGACGUUCUUUAUUAUAUAUGCGUUCCUCCGCAAAGAACUUCGAUCUUAUCAUUAAGUCUUCUAUAUAUGAAAUUAUUCUGUAAGAAUAAUCUUUGUAAAAUCCAAUCCUCCUCUAUUUAUUAUGUUUGAAAAUUUGUUGAGCUUGUUCACAACCUGAACUUUCAUUAGUUUUUGUUGGAAAAGAAAACGAUAUACCGAUAUACCGAUCGAGUGGAGUAUUACAUUGUCAAACUUUCAUGAUAAAGUAGAACAACGAGAGUAAAACUUGGAUCUUACCGACGGAGAUAAACAAGUUCAAAUGUAACGUAGCGCACUCUACGAUAAGAGCUGCAAGUUGCUUGGUUUGUAAAAACAAUUUCGCAUAGAUGAAAUCAUUUAGAAAAGCCAGAGCAUAUAAUAAAAGAGUUUGAAAAAACAAGCGCCAAUAUGUGUGCCAUGAAAAUAUAGCAAAGUUGUAUCCGUUAUCAUAA